CAGCGAGGCAGGCGGAAGAGGCGGAAGAGACGGAGCGCUGCGGUGCAGGACUGAAGCCGUUCAGAGUCUCCAGCCUCUGUGGAAAGGUGAACGCGUUUGUUUGCUCAGCACAGGUAAGUGGCCAGAAUGAGUCAACGGUCCGAGCGCCGGGGGAUCCACGUCGACCAGUCGGAGCUGCUGUGUAAGAAAGGCUGCGGUUAUUAUGGAAACGCCGCCUGGCAGGGACUGUGCUCUAAGUGCUGGAGGGAGGAGUACCAGCGGGCGCGGCAGAAACAAAUCCAGGAGGACUGGGCGCUGGCCGAGAAGUUGCAGAGAGAGGAGGAAGCGGCCUAUGCCAGCAGCCACGGCUCCCAGUCACAGUCUCCGGCUCAGCCGUCUCAGUCUCAGCCCAGUCUCACACCUUUCUCCAAGUUUGAGGAGAAGAAAACCAACGAGAAGACUCGUAAAGUGACCACAGUGAAAAAGUUCUUCAGCCCGUCCUCUCGCACCGCACCUAAGAAAGUGUCGUGUGAGAGAGAGAGGGAUGAGGAGAGAGAGAGAGGGGAGAAGUUUCAGGGCAGGAGAGAGAGCCACGGGGAGACGCUGCUGAGGGACCUGAGGGGCAUUUUUACCCCAAACUGGGAGAUGGGCUCUCCUACUGAAGAGAGCCAUGAAGGAAAGUCGCACAGUCCCUCCUUCACACGGCAGCCGAGCCUGGAGACCGACCGCGUGUCCAGAGACUUCGUGGACUUCCUGAAGAACCUGCAGAAACCCGGACGAGAAAUCCACAAACAGAGCCGAGCCUUCAUCGAGAGCAUGGCUAACAAAAAGGACCUCGGUGCUGAUGAGCUCUCAGAGUGUGUGCAGGAUUUCUACCAGAACAUGUCUGACCGCCUCAUGACUCACUUCAAAGGUUCUUCUGAAAAGGUGGAGCGAGUGAUGGAUCAGGUGGAGAAGUACAUCAUGACCCGCCUCUAUAAGAGCGUGUUCUGUCCCGAGACAACGGACGAUGAGAAAAAGGACCUGGCCACACAGCACAGGAUCCGGGCGCUACACUGGGUGACCAUUCAGAUGCUGUGCGUUCCUAUGGAUGAAGAAAUCCCAGAAGUGGCUGACAGUGUAGUGAAGGCUAUUACAGAUAUUAUUGAGAUGGACUCUAAACGUGUGCCCAGAGAUAAGCUAGCCUGCAUCACCAGCUGCAGCAAACACAUCUUCAACGCUAUUAAAGUGACUAAGAAGGAGCCGGCCUCGGCCGACGAUUUCCUGCCCACGCUCAUCUACAUCGUUCUGAAGGCCAACCCCCCCCGACUGCAGUCCAACAUCCAGUACAUCACCCGCUUCUGCAACCCCAGCCGCCUCAUGACCGGCGAGGACGGCUAUUACUUCACCAACCUGUGCUGUGCUGUGGCGUUUAUUGAGAAGCUGGACGCUCAGUCUCUGAACCUGAGCCCGGAGGAUUUCGAGCGCUACAUGUCCGGCCAGGUGUCUCCACGGAGACAGGAGGAUCCGGGCUCCUGGACGCAAUCCGCCCCCAUCGUCAACCCCGUCAUCAGCCAGAUCCACCGCACUCUGGACCUGCUGACAUGUCUGGAGAAGCGUCAGCAGCAGGUUCUGGACGAAGCUCUCACCAUGCAGGCUGAGCUGAAUGACUGGCAGGACAGUGUGGCUCGGGAAGUCCAGGACAUCCUGGAGAAAUUCCCACUGGAGAUCAAAUCACGUGCCUCAGCCAUAGAUGCCGAAAACGUAGAAAGUGACAGGCUUCCACCUCCGCUCCAGCCUCAGGUGUUCGCUGGCUAGCGUGAGGUGCUUUGAGGACGGAUUGGCGCCUGCUGUUAUCGCUGACGUGACUCACUGUUCUGAUUUCUGAGGAUUUUGAGUCAUGGACGUUGAUCGCAGUUGGUUUUGGUGCUUUGAUUUGCAGCCCAUAGUUGGAUUUAGAGGACUUUUGUUUGUUUAUCGUUCCUCUAAGCUCUUGCACUUUGUUUUCGGCAAUCGCUUGGCUACAUUUUGGUGAUGAAACUGAGUAGCACUGCAGUCGCAAGCAAGCUGCAGCUGCAGGCCUGCAGAGAAGCUGCAAAACUAGAGGUUUUCACCUGGACUUAAACUAUACACCCCAGCACUAAUGUAACUAGUGUUAAGCAUUAGUUUAUGAUAUUUCAGACUAUCCUGGUUAGGUUUUCGAGCAGGUACACAGAAGAAAAAUGCGCCGAAUUUACUUAAUUGUGCAUCAUUUCCACAUUAAACCAUUGAUGUUCACCAGCUUAACUUAUUGUGGUGAAGGAAAAAUGGCCCAGAACUUGUUCAGAUGGGUUUAAAGUGAUAAAACUUUGUAUAGUUUUAGAUUAAAUGAACCUCUAACGGUACACAAUUGAAUAUUUUCAAUUAUAAUAUGUAAUUUUCAUAGUUUUAUUCAGAAUCGAAUUUUAAUGUUCUGUUGUUUUGUAACAAAAACAAUAGUGACCAAAAGACUUAAUUAGCUCAUUAAGUUCUCAGGCUUAUAAUAUCAUAACACUGCAUUUACAUUGGUCCAGCAUGGCAGGUCACCACAUUCAUUUUCUGUGGGAAGCAUCAUGUCCGUCGCAUGGCUGUGUGAUACAUGAUGGAACCGGCACAUUGAAUUUAGGAGUA